CGGGAUCGGGAUGAGGCUGAGCUCAGGCUGCACCGCGGAGCUGACGCGGUCCCUCGGAAUCUCUCUGCGCAAAGAGUGGUCCAAAAGGAUCUUUGCCGUCGAGGUGGACCGAGGCUCCGAUCCUCUUUAUUUCACCCUCAGCCCAACCUCCCGGACACCUUGGGAUGAGGCUUCGGCUCUGCACCAGCUCCUGGCUCGGGGGCAAACAUAUUCGCUCUUUAUUUCGGCAGAGAACAGGAUUCAGGCUGCAAAAGCCCACAGUCGCCUCAGGGACAGACUGACUUCAUUGCCCGAAAGGUGCCGUGUGAUGGAUCUGAUGUCGUUCUGCCCGGACCAGCCCGGCUCCCUGCGGAGGGGCUUCCUGAUCCAGGACAGCCGGAGUGGGGGGGACACCGGGACUCUCCUGACAGCCCUGGCCAGCGAGGCCAGGCCGGCGGACCUGUGCAGCUACACCUGCAGCGGGGAGGCGGGGGGCAGGGCAUGGCCCGGCGGCCCGGGGGGGCAGGGCGGCCCGGGGCAGGGCCCGGGGCAGGGCGGCCCGGGACAGGGCGGCCCGGGACAGGACGAGGAAGUCCUCACACACUGCAUCUCUGUGGCUGAAAAGCCCGAGUUUCAUCCCUCCCUUCUCAACCUGAAAAACUCGGUGGUGUUCUAUACCUACGGAGAUGCUUACAGUGUCUUACAAGAGUGUAAAGAUUUGAUUCCUGAAGCAAAUGAAGUUCUACAAGAAGCAGAUCACUGUUCUAGAACUUCCAGAAAGGGCAAGUUUCCAGUGAUAGGCAUUGAAGGACUUGAUGCAACAGGGAAAAGUACUCUGACCGAGUCGCUAAGGGAAUCUUUCAAGGCAGUGCUUUUAAAGUCUCCACCAGACUGCAUUGGGCGCUACAGAAAACGUUUUGACACAGAACCACCCCUCAUUCGACGGGCCUUUUAUGCUUUAGGCAAUUACAUUACUGCUUCAUUCAUAGCAAAUAAAUCCGCAACAUCUCCAGUGAUCGUAGAUCGGUACUGGCAUAGCACAGCAGCAUACGCGAUUGCAACUGAAGUCAGUGGCAAGGCAGAAAAUCUUCCUCCUCCACACCAUGAAUUGUACCAGUGGCCGCUGGAUUUGCUGCAACCAGAUUUAGUGCUGCUCCUCACACUCAGCCCGGAGGAGAGAAUCCGCCGCAUAGAGGGAAGAGGGGAGCAGAAGACAAAGGAAGAGAUGGAGCUGGAGGCAAACUGUCUAUUUCGUCAAAGGGUGGAAGAAACCUACAAAAGAAUGGAGAAUCCGGCUUGCGUGUUAGUUGAUGCCAGUGCUUCAAAGGAAGAGGUUUUCAAGAAUGCUCAUCUUCUAAUUAAAAGAUAUUGCAACACUUUGUCUUAAGGGAACUUGACCUUUUAAACUGCAUUCAGUUCAAGAGCAAUUUGGAAGUUUUACCACUGCUUAAAGCGCUUUGUGGCUUUUAGUACAAAUUUAACAACAACAUUUUAACAUCCUCACCUGGCUACACUAGUUCCCCAUCCCUCAGAGGAUUGAGUUUAAAAUCCUCAUCCUCGCUUUUAAAGCCCCCCACUUCCUUCCUCCUCUCUAUCUCUGCGACCUAUUAACACCAUACCAACCUAUCUGCUUUCCCUGCUCGGCAGGCAAUGGCCCGCCCUGCCAGCCUGAACAUUGCAGGUCGGGCUUUCAGCUGUACUGCCCCCACCCUAUGAAACUCCAUCCCACAAUCCCUCCGCCUCGCCCCCUCCCUUGCCUCUGUCAAGGCCCAUCUCAAGACUCGUCUGUUUGAACGUGCUUUAUCCUAAACAAGUUGGGCUGUUAUAUGCGGAGUCACUUUAGAUACAUGCAUAUUUGCAAAGGCAAACAGAGAAUUUCCCAGUUGGCUCCUAGUCAGCAAAAUAAAAUCCCGGGAACUGAACCGCAAACCGGUUUGGAGACCAAGCCCUUCGAUAGACUUCCUUCCUGAAUCAAUUGGAAUUGAUAAUUUAAACAGCAUGUCCAACAUCAGCACUUCAAUUAAAUAAUACACUUUGCUCCAAUCAUUCAUUAUUAUGACCAGAGAAAAUUAUAUAAGUGGGAAUAACUCCAAAGUGACAGUUUAGUUAUUUUGUAACUAGGCUUUGGCUCCAGUUUGAUUCAAUUUGCCUUACCUCUGCACUGUACAAAUUUAGCUUGUCUGAGUAAGCUAUAUGUGUAUUAUGACCAGUAACUUCUGGUGGAGGUAAAGUUUGAAUUACAAUAACCAUUUCAAAUCUAGGCCUAUAAGCUACUGAAUUCCUAUUAGCCUCCAAAAAUAGCAGCCUGAGUUCCAUUUGUUGCAUAUUAGUCAUUGUAUUCUACAGGAUAUCCUGGGAAGAGCUUUGAGGCAUUCUCCUGACAAGAAAGCUGCUUACGUCAAAUACAAGGUCUAUUAUUAGAAUGUUGUUCUCCCUGAAUGCACUGGAAAUAAUGGUCAUCUAUUCUUUUCUGGUUAAUUGAAAGUCAGUUAUAUUUUGCAGAGUAAACUACUGAAUUUUAACUUUUAUAAAGCAUUUUACAUGGUGCUAGAUAUGCAUGCAUAGCUUGCAUUUGAACUGCAUUGACUAUAUUCAAAUAUAUGUACUGGUCUGGUAUUUGCAAAGGCUUCAAAAGCAUUAUUAUCAGUUAAUUUUGUGCACGUCGAAAGUAAUAAAUGUAUCUAAAUUCAACCCUGACAUUUUAUUGUGUACAUUCAUUCCUGAAAUAAAUGCCUUUAAUCUGCAA